AUGAACAAACACGAUUCAGAAAGUGCUGGUCACAACCGUCCCGCCUCUGUGAUGCCUCCACCACAGCCUUCUCUGGUUGCGGGAGGUGCAGGAACAGCAGCAGGUGGAGUAGGAGGAUCAGGAACCGGACCAGGAGCAGGAAAUACUGGACUUGGACCCAGGGCAGAUUCCAUCUCCAUGUAUACGAACUUCAAUGCCCCACGUUUGUCAACAGACGCUUCUUUGUCGUCGUUUCUCAACAUUGCAGAAGCCCAAGGUCUGGGAUCUCAAACGGAACAACUUCAACAGUUGCAACAGCAGCAACAGCUCCAACAACUGCAACAGCUCCAACAACUACAGCAGCAGCAACAGCAGCAGCAGCAGCAGCAACAUCAACAACCCACACAAGGCCCACAAGGCACGCAGAUCUCGCAGCAAUCGCAUCAAGUUCCGUCACGGCCCGAUUUCGGGCCAUACAGUCGUGGCUACUCGAUCAUCAACAGUUUUUGGCCCGGAGCUUCAGGUAGCCAGAACCAAGUCCCAACAACCAUGCCACCAUCAGAUGGUGGCGGUAGUCAGUUUACCACGAUGCGACGUCAAAGUGAACAACUCGAACCAUUCAUGCCCCGGUUCAAAACACCAAGUUUUUCGUCGGGGGUCCCGGGAUCGGGCCAGUACCAAACGCAACCGAUCCCGCCGCAUAGCAAUGGGGCUAGGGGUUCCGAUGUCCUGAUGCCCGGCUCCAAACGCAACUCUAUCUUUUUCAGCGGCACAGAAGCCCCAGAUCUCGAUUUUUUUUACCCCAACAAACACCGCGACUCUCAAUUCGCCAUGCGUCCUCCGCACAUUCUGCCUCACCGUAACAGCUCUUCCAGUGGAAUUCCUUUGCUUGGUCGUCCCAGCUUGACCGCUGGUUACUCUAAUGCGAAUGAAAACGGUACAACCAACACCAAUAAUAACAACUCUGAAAAUAAUGAUAAUGCCAAUAAUUCCAGGCCCAUUGAGGCCAACAAUCCUACAAACUCUGCUGGUGUUGCGAGCUCUUUGCCUCCACCAACAGCACAGGACUCUGACUUAGAGGCCAUUUUUAAUCAAGGUCUCUCGUCACGGAAAAACUCCAUGAGGUUUUCUACCGACGAUUUUGAUUUUGAUUUCAGAAGACGGGACUCGUCUUUGAGAAAUGCACUGGAAAAUCCUAGCUAUGUGUCUGGUGCACCUUUAGGACCCAUAGGGGCAAGUAAGUCGGACACAACCGGUGGACUCCCACCUAAGGCCAAAUCUCAUUCGGGAUCGCCCAUGAUCAUGAAUACAGCUAACCAGGGCACCGUACCACAAUCAAUAACAGAAAUUCAACCACUCAAACGGACGGAGAAGCCAGAAGAAGAGGUACAAGGAACAGCGCUUAAAAAAGUGCGUCGUAAUGGCAACAACAAGAACAACAAUAUCAUCAACUCACAGAUUAAGACUGAAGAUAUGAGUAACAUAAUGAAUUAUCUGGAGCCAAAAGAUCCGCUAUCGGUUACUGAAGAGGCGCGUCCGCUGUUGGGUGCCACCAAGAUCGACCAGCUAGUUCUCAUGAUUCAAGCUCGCAAAAAGGGCGUUACAGAUCGCAUACCUCGUGCACCAGAUGGAUCUGUGCUCAUUGAGAACGCACCGGCUCUUAUACCCCCUGCGAGUGAGUUGAUGGGUGGAAUAGAAAAGCCCAAAGUACACGCUACAAAGCAGCACGAGUGUCCCUACUGUCAUAAAUGCUUCACACAAUCCACUCAUCUAGAAGUUCAUGUGCGUUCUCAUGUAGGUCAUAAACCUUUCCUCUGUGAAUUUUGUGGUAAAAGGUUUACACAGGGCGGAAAUUUAAGGACACAUGUGCGGCUACACACUGGUGAAAAGCCAUACGAGUGCGAUCGGUGUGGACGUCGCUUCUCCAGGAAAGGGAACCUAGCGACGCAUAGACUUACACACGACAACAUGAGACCUUUCGUGUGCAAAUUGGAUGGAUGUUCUCGAACUUUUGCACAAUUGGGGAACAUGAAAGCCCACCAAAACCGGUCUCAUCAGGCCACGGUGAAUGCCUUGACUCAAAGACUCGCUGAGAUGGAUUCCAAGGAGAAAAUUGCACCGGAAGAAAGAGAAAUGGUGGAGUAUUUCGCAGAUCUGUACAAAAAUUCUAACAGAGGCAUAAAAGGACGAGGCAAGGGCAACACGCGGGUGACGCGGACAACAAGUCCUACAGAUGUGACAUCUUCACGACGUGGAGGUCACGAAACGGCACUAGAUAUGAGUAUGAAGCCCAGAAACGCGCCACAAAGCCAAACAAAUACUUCUGAACCGCUCAAUAUUCCGCGCCCCGCGGAUCUCACAGACCGGCCUGGUAUACCCUAUGGCUUAGAGCUGCCAGAGACUGGUGACGAUGCCUCCGGUGAGAAUCCUAUUGAUCCCGGCUCGAUUCACGAUGGACCCGUCCCGGAUCCUCAGGAUUUCGCAUUUGGUCUAAAUCAACACAUCAAGACAGAAGCGAAUGACCGAUUCAGAUUACCUACAAACGGAAACGCAAGUUUGACUUUUAAAGACGUUCCCUUCGACUCUUGA